AUGACCACAGAAACAGGAAUACCAGAGGUUGUUAAGGCCAGUUCUGAAACUAUGAGCGCUGACGGAAAGCCUGAAAAGCCCAACCCUUCCAUGUUCCCCAAGAGACAGAAGAGAGACACUCCCAAGGAGUACUCGUACUUGCGAUGCGAGUACAAGCUGCCUCACAAGAACCACCGACAGUGUCACAUGCAACGAAAGGCGGAGGAAAAGUUUUGCGCUCAGCAUGUACUUCUGCAGAAGGACAGCUAUGCUGGUCGAGAGCGUGUUGUUUGUCCUGUUGAUCCGGGACAUACAGUUUGGGCUGACGAGCUCCAGCAGCACAUGUACAAGUGCAACAAGGUCAAGGAGCGAAUGCAAAAGGAGCGAGAGGGAUGGCACAGAGAUGACAUGAACAUCAGUAAUCCUGAGGCCAAGCCCUGUGUUGGUAAGAAGUCUGAUAUCACCGUUGACUACGCCAAAUGGAUCCCUGUAGUGGAGGCUGCGUUCAAGGACGUGGAGGAGGUGCCCGUGGAAAUUCUGAACCACGAGAAGGGUCUUGCCAAACGAAUGACUGAGGUCCAAAACAAGAAACACGCUCUUCAGCAGGCGUCUCUUAUUGCGCAUAUGGAGAAGACUGGCCUUUUGAAAUCCUCCAGUCGAAUUCUCGAGUUUGGAGCCGGACGAGCUGAGCUUUCCAGAUACAUCAACUAUGCUAUCUGUGCUGAGAGACAACAGGAUGAUAAGACAGCUGCUAACUACCUGUUUAUCGAUCGAGCCAUGCCUCGAAUGAAGAUGGACGGUAAGCUUGUGAAAGACACCAAGGACGAUUUCCCUGAACAGCCGUUGCCUCUUAUCAAGCGACUCAAAAUGGACAUUAAGGAUCUCAUGCUGGAUGGGGUGCCUGUGGAGGGACCCUACGACGCCAACCUAAUUGUCUCCAAGCAUCUCUGCGGCUGUGCCACCGAUCUAACCCUUCAAUGUCUUCUUAACAGUGCGGUGUUCACCAAGGAAGCCAGACCUGCUGCGCUUGUUAUUGCACUGUGUUGUCGACAGAUAUGCAACGUGCAGAUGUUCCCCAAAGCCGGAAUCGAGUGGCUGCAGGAGCGUGGUUUUGACGAUGAUGGAUUCGCCGCUCUUACUAGAAUGACAUCGUGGGUUUUGUGUGGAGAGAGACCCAAGAAAGAGCCUGUGGAGGGUGAGCAGACAGAAGCUGCCGAUAAUGAGACCCCAGCACCAGUUGGACACCCUUCCGGACUUCCUGCUGAAGCAAGAAAGGUGAUCGGUCUCAAGUGCCGACGUCUUCUGGACCAGGGCCGACUCCACGCUCUUCGAAAGGAGGGUCUGGAUGCCCGUCUGGUUCAGUACACCGAGAUGGAUAUCUCUCCCGAGAACGUCUGUCUGAUCGUUAACAAAUAG